GCCGUUGGUGCACUGCGUAUGCUUGCGAUGCCAAUUUGCAGAGCAAAGAUGUCAAAACUGAUUGGACCGGACGAACAAGGAAUUUUGUUCGCCUGCAGCGGAUGUAUACAAAGCAUUGGGACUCUCCUAUCCCCUGUGAUCUUCAACGCCCUUUACCCUCUUACCUUGAACGUGUCAUCUGGGUUUGUUUUUGUUGUCAUGGCAAUUACCUUUAUCAUCCCCGUCCUGAUGACCCUCGCUCUUCAGUGGGACGACAGAAAGAGCACCAUCAAAUAUGUAUCCGUCCAGAGCAAACCGAACACCGAAUAAACGGUACUGCUUUCAGCGUGCAGGAAAAUCCGGAAUCCAAGCAGAAAUACAAAUAACCGGACACAGGGCUAUCCGAAAUUCAAUCGGAUAGGACAGCGAUGAUAACCGGAAAAUCGGGCUCGUAAUGCUAAACACCCUUUGAAUCUCUGGAUAUAUCACUGAUUUCAGUAUGUAUGAAAUCCAAGCAGAUAUACAUGCACCCAGACAUGAUUAUCCGGGAGUUGCCCAAAAAAAUAUUUCACCCAGUUGGUUAUACUAGUACAUGAUGGAAUUCGACAGAGCUACCUGAUAUCCAUUCUGAUGAAAGAGUAGUCGGGCCGAGAUAAUAUCCGAAUUCUCGAAUAUAUUAAAUUGGUUAUCUCUGGACUAUCCACAGACAAAGCGGAUAUCAAACAUUAUUUGAAUCGUGCAAUUGAGUAUGUUCGAAGGCUGAUCAAGCAUAACGUUUGUCACCCCCAUUCCAGAUAUCCUCAGAUCUAUAUUUAGAAUAUAUGAAUUAUGAAUUGUCUACAAUCAAUUUGUCUUUGUUUGUACACUUAUGUUUAUUAUGUUAAUUAUCAGUCAUACGACGAAACGUCGUCAUAUUGUAUAUUUCUUUUUGUUGGCCAUGAAUAAAUUUCAAUUCGAAUUUGAAUUUAUGGUAAACAAUUGUUCUUUAAAGCUUUUCUGGAAAAAGGGGGAAAAUGGGGGAAGGAUUAGGCAACAAGGCGAGUAUAAGAAGAGAGUACAUAAUGUAAUUAUGAAAUACAUAAGUUUCCUUUUUAUUGAUGGUUUAUGAUGAUUGAAAUACCUUUUCUUUUAGGAGCUGGUGAGAAAUUACUUGUCUGUUCGUAUUCUGACAGUACAAUAAAAACACUUUCAUUUCUUUGAGAAAAUAAACAAAUGAAAACAAAUAAAAUGAAAGGGGGCUUUGGGACAAAUCAUCAUUUGGGGGCGCUUGCUCUAGCAAAAAAAAGAAGGAAAAAAUCCACGACCCCCCCCCCCCCCCCCAAAAAAAAAAAAAGAGAGAAGGGUGAAAUAAAGAAUUUUCAAAAUAUUAUGUCAAAAGCUCGCUCGCAACUUUUUUUUUAUUUUGAAAGCUAAAUUUUGCCUGAUACAUCACCUGCCCCCCUCAAAACUUUGGCUCUUUUCGCCACUUUUAAUCAUACAUUAUGCAUUUAAAAAGAAAAUGUCAAGACAGGGAUAAGCUGUUCGCAAUUGAAGUCGCCAAUUUUAAAAGAAAAGCUAAAAUUCUAGUAAUAGUUUAAAUCAUGGAGGGAUUUUCCUCAAACCUUCAUUACACCAAUAAACAUUUUCUCCCUGCUUU